CACUCAAACGUGACAACGGGAACAUAAAUACCGUUGCCCCAAUAUUAUUGAGGAUAAAACAUGAACACGAAGCAAGUCACCUGCAGGUAUUUUCUCCAUGGUGUUUGCCGAGAAGGGAUUAGGUGCAUGUUCUCUCAUGACCUGACCACCAGUAAACCUUCAACCAUCUGUAAGUUCUACCAGAGAGGUGUGUGCGCCUACGGAGACCGCUGCAGGUAUGACCACAUCAAGCCGGCUGGUGGUGGUGGAGGAGGGAGAGGUGUGCCCAUGGACCUCCCUAACAGAAACCCCAUCACUGCUGGGGCCUUCAUCCCCCCUGGUGUCGCUGUCCCUGGCUCUCCAGGCCCCUCCGCACCCCCACCCAGGCACAAUGGAGGGAAGAAACCCCUGGUGCUGAGAGAUAGAGCCUUGGGCUAUGACAGCAGAAUGAUGCCCUAUGGUGGAGAUGGCUCAGAGGUGACCGAGGCUGAGU